AUGGUUGAGGAUAUGGGAAGCAGUCUGAUGAGCGCACGAGGAUACGACAGUGAUGCCCAGUGCAUUGGAAGUCCUCAGCAUGCGGGCCGUAUGAGAGCGUUGCCCAGAAGCCCGGCAUCGCGCAGGAUAGGGUUGCAUGACCUAAUAGAGCGCAGUCGUGAGCGAAAUGAUUUGGAGAUGUGGGCGGGAGCUAAGAUCCAUGAUCAAUCCAGUACCCCGAGAACUCCCCUUCGGGAUGCAGUAUAUACCAACGCCACCAGGAAGUAUGACGGGGCGCUCAGCUCACCCUACCUCUGCAGCCGAAGGCACAUGGUAGCCAGUCCAUGUCUUCAUUCAGAAAUGAGCAGUCUGGCGAGCCAAACUUGUCCACGAGAUCUCUUCCAAACCUUCAUGCCAGUCAAAAAGGGCUGGCUCCAGCAAAUGAAGAUCAUCAACAAUCUAGAGAAGGCUUUGUGGGUGGUAGUAGCAGCGAAUCUUGUGGCUCACUGGGCUCAGUACAUGGGAUCAAAUCCCAAUGAUUAUCGUGCGGCACCUUCCGCGUCGCUAGCCAGGAAAGAUCCGGGAAUCAUGGUUUCCAAAACACGACACCUAACAACUUCUAGCUCUCCGGAGACACACCCUGAGACCAGAGUACCGCAUCUUGGUGAUCUAGAUCUUUCGCACAGACUCGCAGGGACAAGCAUGGGGUCCGGAGCACCAUCAACUAAUCCGUCCAUGUUGGAACUGCCACGUGCCAACAGGUACGGGCCACAAUUGGCAUCGCAAGAGAAUUUUUAUCCAUAUGAGGGAUCUGGGACAUCGACACUUGUGGGAUCCGAGCCCCAGAAGCAAGCUAUGCAUCAUCAACGAGAUGCGUCCUCUUCUACUCACGCCAAAGCAGUAACCCUUCACGAGGGGCAUCUGCCGUCCAAUCGCUGA